AGAUUGUGAUUGCCAUCGUGGUGGGUUUUUUUUCCCGGAAUAUCCCAAGUGCACAACAACAAAAAAAAAGAUGACACCACUCCUGGGGGAAGAUGAUGCCAACAAUGCUGGAGCAUUGUACUUGAAGAAGGUGGGCAGUGCUGUGUUCUAUGGGGUGGCAUCCCUUAUGAUAACUGUGGUGAAUAAGAGUGUCCUCACAUCCUACCACUUUCCAUCAUUCCUGGUACUGAGUCUGGGUCAGAUGUUGGCUGGAAUUGUUGUGCUGUACGUGGCGAAGAAGAGUGGUGUACUGACGUUUCCUGAUAUGGCUAGGGAUACGCCUAGAAAAAUUUUUCCUCUGCCCCUGCUGUACAUUGUGCAGGGAUGUAGGAGGUUUUCUGUGGAGUCCACGGGAUCUUUUGGGGAGAAUUUUCAAUUGAGAAAAAUUCCUCUGACUGAGACGCAGAAGAGAAUUCUCUCAAUUGGAUCCUCAGUGGCUGCUCUGCUUGAUCCCAGAAGGCACGAUAUGAUAGCGUGUUUGGGAGAAACCACGGGCGAAGUGGCCCUGGGGCGAAUUUACAAAGAGAUGAAAUCUUGCGAAGAAGGUCUCCAGAUUCUCGAUGAUAUGCCUCGUAUCAAUUCACAGACUGUGGACCUCGAGAGACUGGAAAAUUUACCAAUGGACACUUUUGGCUAUCACUACUGGAAAUUCCUCAGUGACAAUAAAGUGACUCCAGAUUCUAGAAUGGAGGUGAGAUUUAUGGAUGAUGCAAAUUUGGCCUAUGUGAUGACCAGAUAUCGUGAAUCUCAUGAUCUUAUUCACACAAUACUGGGAAUGCCAACAAAUAUGUUGGGAGAGGUUGCGGUAAAAUGGGUGGAAGCGAUAAAUACUGGACUGCCAAUGUGCUGGGGUGGAGCUGUAUUUGGAGCAGCACGACUGAGACCAAAGCAAAGGAAAAUGUACGUCAGGCAUUAUUUGCCGUGGGCAAUUUCUGUGGGGAAAUCUGUGAAGCCUUUGAUGUCGGUUUACUGGGAAAAACGCUGGGAGCAGAAAAUUGAGGAGAUGAGGAGCGAAUUGAACAUAAAAAUCCUAGAAAUUGAUGUGAUAUCUGGAAAGUCUGAAAAGUAGUCGUUAGGGUUAUGGAGGGAAAUUCAAAUAAAGGCGACAUUUUAGUAGUACUAAAAA